UUAAUAUUUUGUUGGAAGCUGCCCAGAGUGGCUGGAGAAACCCUCUGUGCCUUACUUGAGAGAGGAUGCUGCUCUAUCUGAAGGGUCCCAAGUCCAGUUGAAAGAUGAAGAACCAUAAGAAGUGAGAGCAGGAGACUUGGAGGAUACCCAUCAACACUUCCCAGCCAGUAGGCACACAGGUCACCUGGUCCCCAUAGUCUUGCCCACCAGGGUGUAGCAUGUUAUGCUUCUAUGUAAAUCUGUGGCCCUUCAGAACACCCAACUCCCAUCAGCCCCUGCCAACAUGACCAACAUUUGUGGAUAAUGAGAGCUGUAGCCAGCAACAUAUAGAGAACCACAAGUUCCUCAUCACUCAUUUAAAUUAUAGGAAUUAUACAUUCACGGGCCUUUUAUACUAAAAAGACUGCUUUCUUUUAGCUGUCCCCCAUACGUUGUUUCCAAAUCUUCACAUUCUAAAGCACAUUCUACCAGCUUAGAGGAGCACCUUCCUUCCCUUGGAAGCACACAUAAAGCAGUCUGUCUCUGAUGUUCCAUUUUGCCUCCCCAUCUACAGGGUUUUGAUUGAAGAAGCCCCAAGAACAGCAGACAUGUCCCAGCCCCAGUCCCAGACCUUGUACUGCCCCUGCUGGGAUCCUUGGAAGACAGGAUACAAAAGACUCAACAGAGCUAAGGCAGGCACGCUGUCUCAGAAGCCCAAGCUGAAAUUUUGCAGACCUAACGCACAACCACUAAGAAGCAGGGAGCCUCGAGAUAUAUCAAAGGAGAUUGAAGAUGAGAUCACUCCUGGCUUUACCGUGUCUCACAGUAAGGAUCGUAUCACUGUCACGCUGGGCGAGGAAUUCUUUGAGAAGAAGAAGCCUGAUGAGGAAGUUGCCAAGCCCCCUGUGCUCAGUUCUCCACCUAAGCUUGAAACGGAGGACAUUAUAGGUGACUUGGUGGAACAGAUUGCUGAGCUCACAGCUAUAAUGGAGCAAUUGCGCCGAGACCACCAAGCUAGCCACAAACAGUUGGAGAAAGAGAUGGAAGACAAAAGGAAUGAAAUGCAAGAGGAACACGAAAACAAAAUGAGGGAGAUGCAGUCACACCAUGCAGCAGAGAUGAACGCCUUGGAAGAGCAGUACAAGAAAGAGCUGCGAAACGAGAGGGCGCACGCCCAGGAGAAGCUGGCUGGGAUGCAGAAGGAAUACAAGUAUCUGAAGAAUGCGUUCCGUGUGUACCAGGAUAGUAUUUCUGAUGAAAUGGAGGAGAAGUGGCUGAGAAGGCAAGCGGAAUGGAAAAAGAGUGAGAGGACUGAACGGGAGAAGGCUUUGUUACAACAAAAGCAAUCGUUGACAAAAAAGUUUGAGCAGGCGAUAGAAGAACAGAAGCUUAUCAUUCAGAAUAACAGUUUUUUAAUAGGCAAAGUUUAUGAAAAAGAAAGAGAAGAGUUCCAAAAGCAGCAACAGGAAGCCAUGGAUCAAAUUGCUGAAUUAAAAAAACAUAUUGAGGGUUUGGAUAUGGAAAUUAAGGAGAAGAAUGAGACUUUGGAUGCUAUUGCAGCCACACUUCACAAGACAGAGACUGAACUCCGGAAUGAGAAAGCCGCCUUGGUGGAAAUGGAGAAAAGUAUCCAGCAAAAAAUUGCAUCCAUUGAAGAUAGAUAUCGAAUUAACACCACUACUUUGGUAGAAGAAAAUGCCAUGCUCAGGCGCAAGCUCAUUGAAAAGAAUGAAGAGAUCUAUAAUCAACGGGCCCAGCGAUCGGGCAGCUAUGAAGCAUAUGACUAGGGCUGUUCAGGGGAAAAGCAACAAAGGUUUGACUAUGACAUGCUGCCAGAAGCCUGAAUUUAAAGCCACAUAUGCAAUUCUGUAGUCAGAAAGGAAGAUUAUUUGUUGUUUACUUCAAUCUUGUAUCGUGUUUGUUUACAUUUGCACGCUGCUCUUCAGCUGAAGAUCACAGAGUGGUUCACAACAUGAAAAUAGAAAUGAGAACAGAAGAUGCAAACCAAUAAUCGUUCCCUCCUGCAAAUUUCCCCUUUGGCUCAGGGCACAACACUGAAGCCAGGCAGUCAGGAACCUUGUGGCCUAAGCCAGUCGCAAGAGGUAGUAAGCAUCCACAACUCCUUAUUGUCCCACCAGUCUGGGUCAGGAGGUCCCCAGACCUUAUUGGAUGUCCCUUGAGAUUCAGAAAGGCAAGAGCGAAAAAGCACACUCCGACCUCUGAAUCAGGAGCACACUGGCCGGUAGGCCAAGAAAACUGGAAUCAGGUGUUAUGCCAUAAAGCCCACCUAAAACAUGUGAGGUAAAGGUAAAGGGACCCCUGACCGUUAGGUCGUCGCAGACGACUCUGGGGUUGCAGC